AUGAACCUGCUCAAUACGGAAGUUGAGAUGGGAAACCUCAACCCCUAUCAGCAGUUUCUGUCUUCUACUCCAAGCACGCGGACUCUGAACCGUCAGCGAUCGACUUCUUUUCCAUCGGUCCACUAUUCGGGCACUCCAGAACACCAGCCUGUCGAGCAACGGCGUAGAAAAGCGAGCCCCAGUCACCACCAUCGCUCACAACGCCAUGCUCGUACCCAGUCUCACCAACCGCGGUUCUCCCGUCACUCGCAGUUGGUGAACCCGGAUGUGAUCGAUCGGCUGGACGACGCCGGGGUGUAUCAGUACCACCAUGAAGGGCCGUACGAUGCUGUCUAUCCCGAGAGAAAUGUGAUUGACAAGCUGAGCCCGGUGGCAGCCCUGCGCGAGUCCAACGCUGAGGCCCUGAAAGCUACCCCACGCGACAAAGUCAUCGACUGCAUUGACAGUCAUCGCCCCCUCGACGGUGUGGCUUAUUACCCCCCAGGUCACACGGACCCCGAGGGCCAUACAUACGAAUACGAGGAGGGAAACAACAUGAUGAAUGACUACGGGAACUUUAUGCGUUGUCCCGGCAUGAAAUUCAAGGACGAGGAUUUCAAAAACGACCCUUUCUACAACACGCCUCAUCCAAACCCACUUGCCAGUCUGCGGAAAAAAUUCAGUCUUCGUCGUCGUAACCGUCGCGGAACGACCUAA